GGCAGGAUGUGAGCGGGGCGGCCGAGCGGCGGGGAGCUGCGGGGAGCGGGACGGCGGAGCGGCGCGCAGCGGCCAUGCCCUUCUGAGGAGCCGCGCAGGAUGUUCGGGCUGGAGCAGUUCGAGCCGCAGAGCAGCAGCCGGAGCGGCGGGCAGGCGGAGCGGGGCUUCGGCCAGCCCGGACUGAGCAUGAGCGCGCACUUCAAGCCGCCGGCCUUUCCCGGCGGCGGCCCGGUGGCGGCGGCGGCGGACCCGGCCCUGGGCGCGCUGGGCGAGCCGCCCCUCCUGGGCAUGAACAUGAGCCUGGCCGGGGACGCCUACGGCUUCCCGGGCCGCGGCCCCGCCGAGCUGCACGGCGGCGGCAUGCAGCCGCCGGUGCACGGCUUCUUCGGCGGGCAGCAGCCGCACGGCAGCCACGGCGGCGCCCACCACCCCCACCAGCACCCCCCGCACUUCGGCGGCAACUUCGGGCCCGACCCCGGCGCCUCCUGCGUGCACGGCGGCCGGCUCCUGGGCUACAGCGGCGCGCUGGGUGGGCAGACGGCGUUCGCCGACGGCUACGAGCACAUGGCCGAGAGCCAGGGCGGCGAGGGCUUCGGGCAGCAGCGCCCCGGGAACCUGCCCGACUUCCAGCACCACAGCGCCGGCGCCUCCAGCCACGCCGUUCCGGCGCCCUGCCUGCCCCUCGACCAGUCCCCCAACCGCGCCGCCUCCUUCCACGGGCUGCCGGCGGCCGGCUCCUCCGAGCCCCACGGCCUGGAGCAGCGGCGGCUCCCCGCGCAGGGUGGUGUGGACUCGCUGGAAUACAAUUACCCCGGCGAAGGCCCCACCGGCCACUUCGAGCUGCCCGUCUUCUCGCCGUCGGAGCCGGAGGGGCAGCUGCCGCACUACGGCGGCGGGCGGCAGGUGCCGGCGGGCGGCAGCUUCGCGGGAGCGCCCGCGCUGCCCCGGGCGCCGGGCAUGGCCGUGGCCAAGGCGCACCCGCAGCAGCAGCACGGCGUCUUCUUCGAGCGCUUCGGGGGGACACGGAAGAUGUCUGCCAGCCUCGAGCCGGGGGCCAGCACCAGGCACCCGCUGAUGCAGCAGCAGCAGCCGCCGCCGCCACAACCACCACAGCAGCCACCGGGCUUGCUGGCCAGACAGAACUCCUGCCCGCCAGCCAUCCCUAGGCAACAGCAAACAGAAGCCAACGCUCCCAACCCCAACCUGCAGGACAAUGGGCCCAUAAUGCAGAACCAGCAUGCACAGUUUGAAUACCCUAUUCACAGACUGGAGAACAGGAAUAUGCAUCCCUACACCGACCCCGUGUUUAAUAUGCAGCACCCUCCUCCACAACAGCCACCAAAUCAAAGACUGCAGCACUUCGAUGCCCCUUACGUGAGUGUGGCCAAGAGGCCGCGGUUCGACUUCCCCGGCAACCCUGGCGUCGAGCGCUGCGCGUCCUGGGGCAGCAGCAUGCACGGGCCUGCGAUGGAGAGCCACCUGUCCCCGACGGCCUACCCUGGCCUGCCGGGUGAGUUCACCCCGCCGGCGCCUGAGGCCUUCGGGGGCCCGUUGCCACACAGCGGCCCUGAGCACCCAGCGCUGGCGCAGCGCCAGAACGCGGCCCUGGUGAUGAAGCAGAUGGCCUCGCGCAGCCAGCAGCGCCUGCGGCCGCCCAGCCUGCAGCAGCUGGGGCACCACGGCGACGUGGGCCCGCCCGGCAGCCUGCCCCCGCCUGCCUUUGAGCGGGAACCCGGCGGUGGCAGCCGCGGCUUUGACCCGCCGGCACCGCACCUGGCCCCCGACGGCGCCUGGUUCGCAGGGCCGCCGCCACCCGGGGAGCUACUGCCGCGGCGCAUGGCAGCGCCGGGGCUGCCCUCCGAGGCGGCCCCCCACGAGCUGGGCCUGCAGCCGGGCAGCGCUGCCGUGCUCUUCCGGCCGGGUGCUGGCGCGCUGGGGCUGCAGGAGCCGCUGCGGAUGGCGGGCGAGGGACCGGCGCAGGCCCUGCCCUCGCCUGGUGUCCACCCGCCCUUCGCGCCAGCCAUGGGUGGCCUCUCGCAGCUGCAGUCACCGGGCGGUGGUGUGGCGCUGCCCAACACGCCAGCUGAGCGCCGUGGCCCCGCCGACUUCGCUGCCCAGCCUGGCUUCCCCUUCGCGGCGACGGCACGACAGCCGGCGGCUCACGGGAACACGCCUGCCCUCAGCGCCUCGCCGGGCGCCUACCCGCCGCCCCCUCCUGAGUUCCCGCCGCCGCCACCCCCGCGGCCUGCCGCCAGCAAGCUGGGCGCCCUGUCCCUGGGCUCCUUCAGCAAGCCGGCCAGCAAGGACAAUGUCUUCGGGCAGAGCUGCCUGGCCGCCCUCUCCACCGCCUGCCAGAACAUGAUUGCUAGCCUGGGCGCCCCCAACCUCAACGUCACCUUCAACAAGAAGAGCCCGGCUGAGGCCAAGCGCAAGCUCAGCCAGGCCGAGCCCGACCCGCCGCCGCCCACCACCCAGGACUACUUCCCCACAGGGCCCUCAGCAGGCGGAGGUGGCGCGGGCAAGGCAGUGGGCACUGCGCCGCUGCUGCCUGCCGAGAGCAGCCUCUCGCCCGGCUACGUGCUGGAGCCGGCGGCUGGGGGCGAGGGGAAGGCGGGCGGGGGGCGGGGGCGGGGCCGCCGGAAACGGGACAGCGGGCACGUCAGCCCUGGCACCUUCUUCGAGAAGUUCUCUGCCACGGAGGGCAGCGGGGCCGGCGUCAGCCCGGGGCAGCCGGCAGUGCCGGCGGCUGCAGGGGGUCCGCCGGGGGCUGCGGGCACGGAGCGUGGCGGGGGCACCCCCCACGACAAGCCCCUGACCUCGCCCUCCUGGGGCAAGGGUGGCGAGCUGUUGCUGGGGGAGCAGCCCGACCUGAUGUCCUCCCUGGACAGUGGCAUCCAGAGUGUGACCAAGUCGGACGGCAGCUCCCCGCACGUGGACUUUCCCGACGAGGUCAGCACCAGCUACGGCAACGAGGACGAGGUAUCCUCUAGCUCUGACAACGCUGCCUCCAAGCCCACCCGCAGCCCGCUGCUGGGCAGUUCGCCCAAGCUGCCCCGUGGGGAGCACACACUUCUCAAUGGACAGAAGCCCCUGGCCCUUGGCCUCCUCAGUACGUCUACCUCGACCCCCGACAGCUAUGGGCUCAGCACCACGGCAGGCACCCACCCUGGCACUCCGAGCAUGGAGCAGGUGCGGACCCCCACGAGCACCUCAGCCCAGGAUGAGAUCCACCCCCUGGAGAUCCUGCAGGCGCAGAUCCAGCUCCAGCGGCAGCAGUUCAGCAUCUCAGAAGACCAGCCCUUGGGGCUGAAGAGCAAGAAGGGGGAGUGCACGGGGCAGAACGGGGACAGUGACCUGGGCAGCUGCUGCUCGGAGGGUGUCAAGGGCGCCAUGAGCACCAUCGACCUGGACUCCCUGAUGGCCGAGCACAACUCCACCUGGUACCUGCCUGGCGAGAAGGCCCUGAUGGAGGGGCAGGAGGAGGACAAGCCCAUGGUGCCCUGGGAGAAGCCCAAGCCCCCGAACCCCAACAAAGAAGCCCACGACCUUCCCCCGAGCAAGCCCUCGGCGGCGGCGCAGACUGGCAGCCACCUGCAGUGCCUCUCGGUCCACUGCACGGACGAGGUGGGCGAGGCGAAGGGCCGGACUGCGGUGCCGACGUGGAGGUCCCUGCACUCGGACAUCUCCAACAGAUUUGGGACCUUUGUGGCCGCCCUGACUUGAACAAAAGAAAUUAUUUUUUUUCCUGUUUUUAAUUUCAAAGGGCCGCUACUGCUAGGUGGACUAUUUUUCUAGGUUGGUACCUGCUUAGUGGCAUAUGGACUGGAAAGGGUUAAUUUAAAGUAAACCUCAACUUUUUUUUAAUCUCCUGCCACAGUAUGUUACCAGUGUUAACCCUUCUGCAGUUAGCACACUUUUGCUUAAGAUUUUCCUGCUAGGCCACUUUUUCCCAUUACUCUGUAACCUUGGCAUACAUUUUUAGAUGAGGCCUUUUCCUUUUUCAUCUCAGCGUAUGUCCAAGUCACGUAUGUCAUAAUAAGACAAAGAUCCUCCUCCUCCUUUUCUUCCUCAUUUGCUUUGUUUUUCCUUUUUUGUUUUGCUUUGUUCAGUGCUUAUUACAGUGGUGAUCCUGAAGAGCAGCAGUUCAGGAAUAAAUGCCGGUUAAAGUGGAAUGGUCAUCAUUAUAUUGUAUGAUACUGACACCCAGCCUUUGCCAAUCACGUGCAAACCAAACAGCUGAUGCUUUCUAGAAUGUUCAGGCAACAAGCCUGCCCUUUCCUGAGAAGAUGGUGCUCUGUUAUUAGUAACGUUCAGCCUGAGUCUAACAUCCAUUCUCCCUCUGCCUGCCAGGAGGAGCGGGGGUGCCCCGGCGCGGCCGCAGCUGCCCGGUUCUGGUGAUGCUUCCAUGGUUCCCACUUCAUCAGUGCUGGAGGAAGGGUCGCCCCGAGGCCCCGCACAAGCCGAGGUGCAGCGUGUGGGGCCGGGCCCGUCGCUGGCCGUGGCCGUGACCCCGAGGCCCUGCCAGGCAGCACUGACGCACCCUCGCCAUUUCUGUCCAUCGGUAUCUGAAGGAAGGUGCCGUGGAUGGGCGCAGUGUCGGCGGGGCACAGGGCUCCUGCCACGGCCGUCCCUGUGCAGGGGCAGCGGUUGGGGCGGCCCCAGCCUGGGAAGGGGGAGGCUGCGUGCACACCAUCACUGUUUCCUACUCUGCCAGGACAGGUAGAGCCCACUUUAACCCCCCCGAGCUCAUUUGAGGCCCCGUUUUUGCCAUGCAUUGAAGAACAGUGUCACUGGAUGCACACAAUAAAAGGAAAGCCAUACUUUCCUGCUCAUGAUAGAUAAUACUAACUCGAGAAGAAAGUUGGAAGCAAACCAGAUAAAGCUGCGAGUAGCCCGAUGAUCUGACACGUGUGGGUUUGCGUAACACUGUCUGUUCUGUGCGUGUCCUCUGAGCACAGGAGAGUGAGCUGUCCCUCCCACACAGGACAACUCGCCUUCCUCUGCUCCCCGAAGCUCAGCAGCAUCACUGGAGACUGAGGCUUUGCUGUGAAGUCAAGGUCGGCCUCUCGAGGGUUAUGUGUUACUUCUGUCAAGAAUUCACCAAAUGUGUCCCUCCUCACGGGAUGGAAUUUGCAGCCUGCUUUGGAUUCUGUCUGCAGUGAUUGUGCUGGGCCUUUAAUUAUUUUGAAGUAAUGUUCUCAGAUGACACCAAUGGAGAGGAAAUUCUGCCUAAAAUGCCAGCGGCGUGGGGUGGUCUGAAAUCCUCACUCUCAGUCAUGUGUGGCUUCAGAGACUCUCAGUGUCUGCAAGUGUUAGUUGGAUGUGCUCUUGGAUUGAUUUCCUCUUAUGGCUCUGGUCAGUGACUUUGGAUACAUUUGGAUAGUUUUGAACCUUGAUUUUCAGUACUUUUUCAAUAUUUUCUUACUUGUCAGCUGGAGCUGCCACAAGGAUGAGGAUUUUUGCCCAUCCUGGAGCAGUUGGCUGUGGAGCUGCCUCACAGCUGCUGGGUUUGGAGCACAGGUCUGGGCUGUUUUGUACCUUCUGUAGGUGUGUGCUACCAAAAGCUCGGAGCUCUCUCCUAUGCAAUAAAAUAUCACCAUCUCCAGGGAACGUAAUAAUUGUCAGCUCCCCUCUGGAAGAUGCCUCGUUGCCUGUGAUUUCUUAAGUCCCGGAUCACCCAAAUAUGUGUUUAGCUUUAAAUCCUGUCUGGCAAAGUGCUUGGGGGCAGCCAGGCUGAGGGCUGCUGCCUGCCAGGCAGGUUCAGGCCACAGCUCCCACCCUGUCCCGGCAGCUCCUGCCCCUUCCUGCUGGGUGGGUUUUGGAGUAACCCCAGCGAAACACGUGCCCAGACACACGAUACCACGUUUCAGCACUUUUAGCUGAAAAUUUAAGAAGAGUUCAUGGUCUGGUGGCAUUCCUGUAGGCAGUGCAGCCCUGAUGGCUUGCUUCUUUGUUUUUAGUUUUCCUGCAGCAUUCAAGAGAACAGGUUUUUCAGGCUUCCUGAGGUCAGGGAUGCACACCCUGUGCUACCAGGAAGAGACUUUUCCGUGAAUGCUGCAUCAAACUUUUCAGAUCUCUUUUAAAGAGAAAUCGUCCUUGAAGUGGAAAUGUGGUGACUGGUAUCGCCCACCCUUUCUUUUGGUUUGCUCUCUGCAGCUUGUGCUUCUUUCCUGGAGCUGUUGUUCUCAACCACUUGGGACUUUCUUUUUCACUUGCUCACAGAAGUACAAAGUGGAAGGGAUUCCUUAAAAGCCAAUGGAACCCUAGCAGUUGUAAUCCUGUGAAGUGAGGAGGAUGGGCUGUAGGGAAGCCAGGGACUAUGUCUUGAGCUGCUAUGGGUUCAUGAGGCAGAUGUGAUGGGAGCCAUGGGAGUUUUAGGCAGUAAGGAGGUACAAGCAGUGGCUGACUGUCUUCUGGGCCUUGCUGUCCAGGCAGUUGUGCUGAAUAAUCUGGUCUUGUGUGCAGCCCUUUUCCUGACCCCUCCAUUCGAUCAUGCCUAAUGGUCAGCUGGGUGAAGGGGACGGUGUGAGCUCUGCUCGGGGCAGCAGUGCCAGGACCCAGCUCUGCUUCUCUGCUUGCUCUCUUUGCUUUUUGCCAAAGAUCAAAACAGAAAUGGUACAUGUGAUCAGCCAGGACAGGCAUCACUUCAUGCUCGUUACCUGGUGUAUUUGGUACUGACAGCAGAAGGCCAGAGCUUUACUGCAAAGCUUGCGGUGCCUGCAGUAAUUUAAUUGGACUAAUUUUCUCCAUUAAUUUCACAGUGAGUGCACUGAUGUUUCCUUUUAACAUGUAUAAAAUAUCAGCACAGCCCUAUAUGGUAAGAAUUUAAAUGAUUUUAUUUUCUGAAGAAUAGUACUUCCAAAUGAAGCAUCUCUGAGAGCUGUAGGUAAAAGCCUGUUGUGCAAGAGGUAAGUUACACUCUGUGUGGAGAGGGAAACUGAGGCAUGGGCAGUGUCAGCCUGAGCUGGGUCAGAGGCACGUUGGUGGCAGAGCUGAGCUGUGCCUGAGGUCUGACCUCUGCUCACAGCCUUUCUUGCUGAGCCACACAGCUGGGGGAUUCUGCUUCCCUCAGAGGAUGGGCUGCUGCAUCAGAGGGGGAUGUUUUAUGAGCUCCGAGUUCCUCAAGGACUGGGUAAACAGAAUAAGGUGAACUUGCACCUGGUUGUCCUACAGAGCUUCAGGCAGGGCAGAGGUGGUACCCAGAAGUCAAAGGCCUGUAGUCAAUGUGCCAUGAGGCCAUGCACAAUCUCUGCUCUGCAUGUGAGCUGCAGCUGCGGCACGUCUCUGCGUUUGCUUUGGAGGCCUCUCCCUGCCCGGCCGGGUUGGGGUCCCUGUGCGGGGUCCUGGCUGCCCCUGGCCCAGCUCGUGGGCUCCUUUGGUGUUUGCUAAAAGAAUUGCUGUACUUAUUCUUCAAGUUAAAAUGCAGUAGCAAACUGAGCAAAAUCUCUCUUGAACCUGAGUUGGAAGGAGUGAUGAAAUAUCUCUUUGCCAAAAAGCCAACGGAUUAGGCCUUAUUUAUUAAACACUCCUGCAAAUUUUCUCCACGUCCCUUUUUCCUGCUAUCAGUGUGGCCCUUGGGGAAGCUGAUGGCCCUCCCAGCCCAGGGCUCGCUGGGGCAGCACCAGUGAGGCAGAACGUCCAGGCUGUGGGUGGGGAGGGAGGGCUGGGCUGGGCGCA